UUGAAUAUCCUUCUGAGACUUAUUUUUCCUGCUAGUUUGGAUUUGGGAGUCAAGUCUUGUCAUCUGAGCUCGUAUUUUGAGCUGAUAGCAGCUCUUUUUUGGUUCAUGUGUGGUUUAUUGCACGGUCGGUAGCCUUAGCAUAGUUUCUUAUUAGCAUUCUACCCGAUGCUGUCCCUGUCUCCCAUAGCCUUGAUAUACAAGUUUCUAACAUGUUUUCAUCUCUCUCUGUUUGCUCUAUAGCUGACGCUUCUUUGGCCCCUGAAUCACUAAAACGUACAUUAUUGUGUCCUUUUACUACCUCUAGCUCCUGUUUUUCCUUAAGCCCAACAGCUCUUGCCCUGUUUUUGAGUUUGCUCUCAUUGCGAAAAGUAAUCUUCUGCUUCCAAGCAGAGUUUGUAUCAAACACAAACCUAACACUGGUUCCUCUCGGGCACUUAUUUUGCUAAACCCGAUGGAAAUAUCACUCCCCGUUCAGAAAGCCACCGUUGUGCCCAAGCCUUUUAUUAGGCUGACGAGGCUUUUAGCAAGGACUCUCUAUGAUGAUAAUAAUCUUACUACGUUAAGCGACAAUAAGAAGAAAUCUGAAAAAGGUGACAGCAGAGGGAAUAUCGUUAUGGUGCUGGAUGCUCUUAUUAGGCGGCAAUGGGUUAGAGAAGAAGACUUGGCAAGAGACUUGAAGAAGAACCCCAAGCAAGUCCGAAAAAUAUUAAGACACUUUGAAGAAAAACAUUUGGUCACGCGUUACCAAAGGAAAGAGACUGCAAAGCGUGCGAAGAUAUAUAAUGUUGCAGUGGCUGCCACAGCUCAUAAGCUCCACACGCAAUCGUAUUGCUGUCUUGAUUAUCAACAUAUGUAUGAUACUGCUCGUUUGCGUCUGCAGAAGAUUAAAAGGAAACUCAAAGAUGAGCUAGAAGAUAAGUAUACUCUUCAGAAGUAUGGCUGUCCUAACUGCAACAGAAAAUAUAGUGCACUAGAUGCCCUGAGAUUAAUUUCUAUGGAAGACGAUGCUUUUCAUUAUGAGAGGUGCAAUGGUGUACUUGUUGUGGAAUGUGAUAAGCUAUCUUCCAAAGAAGUUGAAGAUGGAGGUGACAAUGCAAAGAGACGUCAGCGGCAAAGACUCCAGUUUGCGGAGGUCUGGUUGACACAACUGAAAGUAAAUUUGCAGGCUCUGAUGGAUCAAAUUAAUAGAGUAAAAGACCUACCGUUUCCUGUCUAUGAGAGUUUUCCGGAAUGGGAGGCUCGUGCAGCUUUGGAUGCUCGUGAAAUUGGUGACUUUAAUACUAAUGAUCCUUUGAUGUCACAGGGUGGUUAUGGUUCAACACCGAUGCCAUUCCUCGGAAUGACAAAGGUUGAGGUUAACCUUCGUGACGGAAAAGAAGAUGGAGUUCCUAGUAUCAAACCGAUGCCUCAAUGGAUGAUUAGGCAAGGAAUGAAUCUCACUAAGGAACAAAGAGGAGAGAUGAAUCAGGAAGAAAAGGUUGGUGGUGUCUCAGAAGGAGAAGUAAAACUUUCUGAUGACAAUAAACCAUCAGCCAUGGGAAAUGACAAUGAUACCUAUUUGAAGGAAACUUACUAUGCCGCUCUACUGCAGCAGCUAGAGGCAGCUCAAAAAAUGAAUCAGCAAGAAUCUACCCCUGACAUUCAAUCGGCUACUACAUGCUCAGAUCGUCAGGUUGGUAUGAAGUCCAAACGUGAAGAUGAAGAAGAUGCUGAAUGUGAAGAAGGGUCUCAUGUUUCAGCAAAUGGGGCAGAUGUUGAAGAAGAAGACGACGGUGUUGAGUGGGAAGAAGACUGAAAGCAAAUGGAUUAAAACCAUUGAUAAUAGAAUUAAUUAAGGUUAACUGUGAAAUGUCAUGUACACUAUAGUGAUUGGUAACUUAAUUGUGAAUCUCAUCAUCUGCACCAGUUUCCUCAAAUGUUAUAACAUUUAAACUUAUUGGGAAUCUCAUCAUAAGAGUAGAUAUGAGACAUGAAUACAAUAUCAGCAUCUACAACAAGCAUAUGUAUCUUGAGAAUUUAACCAACAUCAAGUCAUCAAACGUAAGAGAAUUAAAAUUGAAAGAAAGUAUCAAAACAAACACAAACUGUCAAUUACAAAACCAAAUUAUAGAUAAGUUUCAAAGCAUCUGCUAUUUGAGAGAUUGAAGAAACCUCUUCUACAAAUGCCAUUAGGUUUUACAUUAUACUAUCACUCUCCAUUUUAUUUCCUCUGAACCAGCAAAUCUCUAACCGAUAUAAAGUUAAAAUGUAAUAAUGCUAAGAGGGGAUUGAUUAUUAGAAACAUCGGUCAGGAAAU